AUGAAAGCACUCACCCUCGACGCCGAGAACAAGACCGCCGCCGUCCAGGACGUCCCGAUCCCCUCACCCGGCCCGAACGAGCUCCUCAUCGCCGUCAAGGCCAUCGCCCUCAACCCAGUCGACGCGCUCUACACCUCCCAGCCCCUGGGCGGCACAGGCCGCGUGGUGGGCAGCGACUUCGCCGGCCUGGUGGUCGCGCGCGGCCCGACCCCGACCAGCUCGCCGCGCUCGCCCACCGACGCCCAGGACGACAGCAGCAACAGCCAGCCCCCAAAGUUCGGCAGCGGCAGAACGCUCCGCCGCUCCAGCACGACGCUAUCCGCCAGGGCCAUCAACCGCGGCGACAGGGUCGCGGGCUUCCUGCAGGGCGCGUGCAGCGCCAACGAGCGCCCCGGCGCGUUCGCAGAGUACGUCGUCUGCCCGGCCGACCUCGUCUGGCGCGUCCCCGGGCGCGUGCCCUACGAGGAGGCCGCGGCCGUCAGCCUGUGCGGGCUGACGGCCGCGCAGGGCUUGUUCUUCCGGCUGGGGCUGGAGGCGCCUUUCCGGUGGGAGGACGAGUCGGACGAGGGCGUGCUAAAGCGCGUGCGGAGCGAAGGGUCGGAUGGCGGCGGUGCGGGCGCGGGCGGGCAGCAGCGGAGGCCUCUGUCGUUCUUCGUGUCCGGCGCGUCGACGUCCGUGGGGAUGUACGUCGCGCAGCUUGCGGCGGAGCGCGGAGCACACGGGCCGGAGGAUACGGCUUAUUGGGGCUGCGAACCCGAGAAAUUGGGAUAUACUGAAGGAGGAACCGUGCGGAGGGCCUCGUCCGGCGGGGUCCACUAUGCCUACGACGCUAUAUCUGAGGGCUCGACCGUCAGGGAAGUCAGCUCGACCCUCCGGGAGGGCGGGAAAUUGGCGGUGGUGAGGUCAAAAGAGGCUGGAGCGUGGGAAACCGAGGGCGUGAGCACAGAACCAAUUUACGGGGCAGUCUGGGAGGGUCUAGGUGAAGAUGUUGAGUACCAGAAGUUUGUGGUGCACACAUCCCCAGCCAAGAGGUCAUUUGCGACGGCCUUCUACAAGUGGCUGUCCGACGGAGGUCUCCUGCAACCGAACCCGGUGCGUGUGAUGCCUGGUGGGCUGGAGAAGGUCGUGCCAGAUGGCUUUACUGUUCUGGGGACGGGCGUGACGAGCCGCGGUCAUGGCAGGACGGAACAGCACAUGAGACCCAUCAGCGGUGAGAAACUUGUCUACAAGGUCGAGACGGAGAGAAGAGGCAGCUUUGGUGAUGGCCACAUCGCGUGA